GCAGUGGCAAAUCACCCCCUCUAUUAACGUCGGCAUCAUCCUUCUGUUAGCUUUUAACGGUCCUCAUAAGCCCUGCAUCUGACGUGGCCUUUUUUUUGAGAUGGAUGCUGAGUUGGAGGUGCCACGAUCAAAUACCCAAAAUCAUCAAUCAAACAAAUUACUCUUAUCCCUUAAAUUGUUUAGGGAAAUAAAAUUGGGGAUUUGGGGAUCUAGGGUUUUACUUCGUUUGCUAGCUUCUAUCGUCUUCUUCUCCUCUUCGUCCCCAAAUCCCCUCUCCUCGCCAAGAAGCACGGUCAAUUAUUCGAGGCGCAAGAGUUCGGCUUCGAUGGGGUGUCGUUUUCUAAUGAUCCUCGUGAUCUGGCGGUGACUGCGAACCCGAUAAUGGCUCUGAUAAUGGGUUUGGGGCACCAUUCCAUCUGGGCAACAGUGUUAGACUCCAGGUCCUUCACAUCACCCUUAAACACGUCCUCCGUCGCCGUCAGAUCGAUGCCAGAACAGAACGCCCGACCUGACCCUGUAAGGAUUAUGAACCAUUCGAAAUUGUCCUUUCCGAGGGCCUUGAACCCCUGAGCAAGAUUCUUCAUCAUUGGUCGGGUCAACGAGUUGAGGGACUUAGGCCGGUUGAUGGCGAUCGUUGUGAUUCCGUCCGGUUCCGAGGUCACGAGAUCAGUUUCUCCAUCGAGGAUUGAUCCAUUUCUCCCUUCUUUUUCUUGAGCUCCAAAGGUGUGUGUAUAUAUUUUUUUGUUCAAGACAAAGAAAUAUGAUUCAAGCUGCGCGCUUGCACCCCUGAGUUUGUGUUAAUGGUUUUUUUAUAUUUAUUUUUAUGGCUAUCUGUUUUUUUUAUGAUAUUAUGUUUUGAGGUUGAAGUCUGCAGUGAGGGUAAUGGGUUUUGCAUAAUAUCACCAAUGAGGAAGAAAAGCUUAAUUAGCUGUGAUUUUUAUUUUCGCCACUUUCUAACCAAUCUAGUUGCGUUUUCGUUGAAAUUGUGGGUAGCAACUAGUUGCAUAUUUUUCAAAUUGACCUUGUUAUUCAAUACUACCUAUGUCUAAACAUUUGUAUUCAAAAUUUUAAUUGGCAUUUGGAAUUCAAAUUAGUUGGUAGAUUUAAUUGGCAAGGAAGCUGGCAAACGACGUAAAGCCCUAAAUACCCAAAUCCCCUUUUUUGUUUCCCUAGAAUUUAAGGACAUAAAAGUAAUUUUAGGGUAUUUGUCCAGGUGGCUUGUCCAUCUCAGCACAAAACUGCCACAUCAGAUGCAGAAGAGGGGUAGGUGAACGGCCUAUUAAAAGAUAACAGAAGGAUGGUGCUGGCGUUACUUGAGGGGGUGAUUUGCCACUGCAGGUGAGUUGAGGGGGUGAUUUGCGCGUA